AUGGUGAUUAAAGGGACGGCGAAUCAACAAAAUGGAGGGUGUUCAUCUGUAUCAGGUGGCGCCGCCGCCGCUGCUUCUGGUGGUGGUGGGAAAUCAAUGUCAAGGACAAGUGGAAGUGUGGGUUCUUCUCCGUCUAGUAAAACCUUGAAUAGGCUUAAUCAUCUUGAUAUUCAAGCUGCUGAUGAUGAUGCGGGGAAGAAGAAGAAGAAAAAGAUUGUGCAAACACGGGCAGUAGCGGCAGGAGGAGGGGGUGAUAAUAAGACUGGUGGUGGUAGAGGACUGCGUCAAUUCAGCGUCAAAGUGUGCGAAAAAGUGGAAGCCAAAGGUAGAACAACUUAUAACGAGGUUGCGGAUGAGCUUGUUGCUGAAUUUUCAACACAAACGCCUGACAAUCCGCAAAAUUUUGAAGAGAAAAAUAUACGACGGAGAGUGUAUGAUGCACUGAAUGUUCUCAUGGCGAUGGAUAUCAUCACUAAAGAUGAAAACAAAGAGAUAAUAUGGAGGGGACUGCCCCGUGCUGGCGCCGGUGAUGAGCUUAAGGCUGAAAGCCUUGGCCUAAGAAACAGAAUUGCAACCAAGGCUGCGUAUUUGAAAGAGCUUGAGGAUCAAUUUGUAGGUCUUCAGAAUCUGAGACAGCGGAAUGAGCAAAUGUGUUGCUCGGGGAGUGCUGCUGCCACUGCAGGGGGCGUGCCGUUACCUUUUAUUCUAGUCCAGACGCGUCCUCAUGCGACUGUUGAGGUGGAGAUAUCAGAGGAUAUGCAGUUGGUUCAUUUCGAUUUCAAUACAACUCCUUUUGAGAUACAUGACGACAGUUUUGUUCUUAAGUCGAUGGGAUUGUGCGACAGUUCUCCGGAGAAGAACAAUAUUUGUACUCAAGAAUCUGCUUCCAACGGAGGUGAAGGUUCCAACAUUGGCAGCAAUGGCAUGUAUCAAAAAACGCCACAGGUAGACCGCCGACUUCUCCCGGUUUCCCAGGAAUACUAGAAAACCUUGCGUAGAAAUAACAGAUGUAAUUUCCAGCAAGCACUGUUAUAUUUGUAUCGG